GGGGAGGAGAGGAGGCGAGGCGGCGGGUUGUUCUGCCGAGGUGGACGUGGCGGGUCCGGCGGAGGGAGCUACAAGUGACGGCCAGCGGAGCCGAGCCAUGAAGCGGACCACGAACCGGACCCCCCGCAGGUUGAGGUGCUGACAUCAGCAGGACUGUUGUUGGAUUCCCAGAAGAGACACUCAGGGACACGCCCCCUACCUCUAAGCCCCUACCCUCUCAGGACGGGUAGUCUUAUUCAAAGGUGGGACAGGCUCGGGAAAGAAGAGGAAGAAAGUGUUGACCCAGAGAGAGGUGAGGAGGGUUAGCUCCGCCCCCCACCAUGACAGACUUAGAGAGUGAGUGUUUGAGCCUCGGCCUGCCCCCCGAGUGCGGCUCCCCUCCCCCACCCCUGGACGCCUCCUUGCAGGUGGACUGUGGCCCAGGGCCCGCCUCCACUACCCCGACGCCCACCCUGGCUCUUUUGUCGUCAGACUGCCCCACCCCCACGCUGAGCUCACUGGCGGCGGAGAUUGCCGAGCCACUGGUGAUGCUGCCGUGCGUCAAGAGUGAGCCAGAGGACGGCGACCUGGAGCCCAUCCGGACUGUGGACCUGUCUGAGAUCCAACCGCUGUCCACAGCUGAGCUGGGCCAGGACCAGAUCAAGAUGGAGAUCAGUGGGCUUGAUUAUAUCAAGUCUGAGCAUCACGGUCACCACGGCGACCACCACCUGGGCCAUUUCCACCACAGUGAUGUCACAGAGCUGGACUACAAGUCGCAUUACGAGCCGAGCUCUGUAUUCGACUACAUCUCACAGGUGACAGACACGCUGGAAUACAUCAAGUCUGACCACCAUGUGGACCUGCACUGUUACUACACCACCGAGCUGAGCUCCCUGAAGUGUGAGUACCCAGAGUCCAACGCCUUCUCAGGUCAUCACAACGGUCUAGAGUCCAUCCACAUGGCCGAGCUUCGCACCGAGCUCAACAAGCUGCGUCCUGACGCAGUGCUCCUGGACGGCAUGGGCAAACUGGACUCUGAGUUUGGAGGGGGGGCGCUGUACGAGCUGCAGCCUGCCCAGGAUGGGAAGACUACAGCUGAGGGGACAGCUGUAAAUGGGCAGACGGGAGCUCCUGUCCCUGUGACCAAAACCCAAAACCCCACUGUGAGGAAACCCCGGAACAUGCAGGGUGAGAAGCCGUUCUCCUGCACACAGUGCGGCAAGAACUUCAGCACACUGGGGAACCUGAAGACACACCAACGAAUCCACACGGGGGAGCGACCCUACACCUGCUCACAGUGUGGUAAGAGCUUUGGCCAGGCCGGAAACCUCAAACGCCACCAGUUGAUCCACACGGGCCAGAAGCCAUACGUGUGCGCUCACUGUCCCAAAGGCUUCACAAAGGCAGACGACCUGCGCUCUCACCAGCGGCUGCACACUGGCGAGCGGCCGUUCAUCUGCGUCACCUGCGGGAAAAGCUUCGGCCAAUCCAAAGAGCUGAAGGCUCACCAGCUCAGUCACACGGGCGAGCGGCCUUUCUGCUGCCAGCACUGUGGCAAGAGCUUCAGCAAGGAGACCAGCUACCGGAACCAUGUGCAGAUCCACACAGGUGAGAAGCCUUUCACCUGCUCGCAGUGCGGAAAGACAUUCAGCAACUCAGGCGUCUUAAAGACCCACGAGAAGAUCCACUCAGGCGAGCGGCCAUUCGGCUGCACGCAGUGCGGGAAGAGCUUCGGCCGCCUCGGACACCUGAAGGCUCACCAGCAGAUCCACACAGGGGAGCGGCCGUACGCCUGCCCCCAGUGUGGGAAGACUUUCAGCCAGUCAGGUCACCUCAAAGCUCACGAGCAGAUCCACAAACGAGAGCGCGUGGACACUGCGAGUAGCAGCAACAGCAGCAUGGGCAGCGACAGCAGCUAAAAGAGACUCUAACACCCUUUAACCUCGCGCAAAAACAAAGUAUUAUUCCUCUUUUUUAUAAAAACAUAUAUUACCUUUCCUUAUCAACCUUUUCUUACAUUUUCAUACCUUUUGUGCUCUUUUUAUCUGUGGGCAGGGCGACUCUGACUCAUUUGCUCUUAUGCAAGUGUCUCUGUGUGUAUGUCUGUGUGCGUGUUGUGUUUGUGUGUCUGUGCGUGUGUAGAUACUCUGUAAACUGGUCUGAGUGUAGAGUCCAAGUCCCAGGACUUACUUUGGAGUACUUACUGACACACAAGCACAAAUUCUGCAGUACCCCAGUCUCUGUACUGCAAACAUUUUUUACUAAAACAGACCAGCAGCGCCGGACUGACCAGGACCCCGUUCACUGAAAAAAAAAAAAACAAACAGAAAGAAAGAAAAUUGCAUUUUUUUAUAGUGUUUCAAAGAGCAAAGUACUUCAUAGGGAGUACUUGUUCAUGUCUGUGGUGAUGAAGACACUUCAGAGGUUUUCUAUGUAAGCUUUAUCAAUAGUAAAGCAUAAACGACACAACAGGAAUGUUCUAUGGUGAACUCAGCAUUCAGCUCAUCAUUUCAGGUGUUUGUUUCUUACUUGGAUUAAAUCCAGAGCAGAUUUACCACAUUACAUAUGAUUUCAAUCCUUAUUUUACCUCUCAGCUUAAUUUGUAUCAGGGUUGGGCCUCCUGCAGUCCAACUAAACUAGGAGUUAGUUUUUGAAAAAACUUUGUGUAAACACUUGUGCUUAAACUUAGAGCUAAAUGGCUAUUAUAAUUUAGUUUCACGGUUAUUACUUGAUAUAAAAGGAAACUGAAAGUAAAUUUAAAAUCCUUGACAAUUUCUUUUUGCUAUUAAAACUCCAUUAUUCCUGUUACAAAAGGGUUCAGGGAGAGGUGCAACACCUGGACAGCUAAACUUUAUCAUUCUGUAGUCCUUCAUUUUGGUUAGAAAAAAAUCAUCUAAAAUCAUACUGUUCUGCCAUUUGUUCAGACUUUCUGGACACCCAAACAGGUGCUUUUAAUUUCUCUAAAUUCUAAGCACCAAUAGAUAUGAAAACAGGUCAAGAGGUCCUCCUACCAAAACAGGGUUUUGGUAACUUACAGGGUACUGGAUUUGUCAAACAAUCUCCUCCACAGCCACAACAUCCUGAAAGAAGGUCCAACCAUGGUCUCAAUCACGAACACCAAUGUGGGUGUCCAGGGCCUUUAAAAUUAUAUUUGGUUCACUGUUUGUUUAAGGGUGGUUUCACAUUUGGGACUUGGGUUUGGAUCCAAGUACAUGUGACUCUGAAGUCCAGCGUGAACACAAGCGUACCAGACUUGGCUACCAUGAUUUUAAUGUAAUAGAGCACAGUCAGUGGGAGCUGUAGCCUAGUAGAGGAGUGGAACUGUGCUGAGGUAGAGUUUAAAACAGAGGCCAGACUACACCAUUUUUUUUGUCUGUUACAAUGGGCACUGUGUCCAAUGGCGAAUAUUUAGGCAUAUUUAUGGCGAUCAGAGCCAUAAUUGUCUGCUGUGACUUGACUUGCAGAUGCUAGGUAUGCGAUCAACCAAGACCAAGACCAAUGUGAUGACGUUUGAAGGAGGAGUGGCUAUGCUGGACCAAACUUGGAAGAAGGGCUGUAAACAAAGUUACUGUGUUUACUGCACCAUACUGUAAUUGUGUCAAUCCAAACAUGAUAAAUGAUAAGCUAGCUUGAUGCCAGUGUGUACGCCGGUUACCAUCUGGUUUGCUGAGGUGUGGCUGCUGCUCCUCGCCAACAUUUCUCUUUCCAGUCCGUUGUGGAUGCCCGUUAGUGAUAUGUCAUAAAUGCAGGAAUGGUGUUGUCAGAGCUGUUCAGACUUAAAGGCUCAUUUAUGCUCUACAUUUAAGUCAGAUAUGGAUGUAUCUUUGCAUUCAUUUUGUCUAUUUUUUGUUGAUUCUCUCUAAACUUACGGAUAUAGACCAAAUGUUACAAUGCCACUGCCAAUUGUGACUGAUUGUCAUCCAAUAUGACACAUGGCAUGGGACAGAUUUUCAGGACCAAAAAAACUGUCAGAUGGGGCUCUAAUUGGGCUGAAAAGGUGUAGUCUGACCUCUAUUUUAAAGGCAAUUCUUAACAUCUCCUGUCUCUUCAAAAUCAGCCAUAGCCGAGACAUUUCAACCUCUUAAUUACACGGUAGAUGUGGAAGUAGGAAGAGGGUCAUUGUUGGUGACUCAAGAAUAGUAAAAGCCUCCAUUCUGGCAGGAUGGACUCGGAGGCUUUAAAUAUGUUUACAUGCUUGGUUGCCAUGCAAGCGUGCUCAGGCACAGAGCAGUCAGGAAGGCAGGAGUAAUAGUUCUCUGGCAUGGUACAAAGCAAUCGGCCUAAUGUGAAAUACCCUAAAAUGAUAUCUAAUUUCCUGUCAGUCUCAUUUAUCCAGUCCAAUGAGAGUUUAUUUAGUAUUAGCCAAGCAAUAAAGCACUGAUUUUUAUUCUUCAUAGAUUUGUUGGCAUCAACCGUCAAACCACAGUUAAAAACAGUAGAUAUAAAUGAAGAUAAUCAGUCUAUGUUGCAGAUAAAACAGUGCUUUUUUGUUCCUGUUGAUCUUUUUUGAAGACUGCCUGAAUUGAACAAUGAUUUCAAAAGUCUUAGUUUCAGUCUGAACUGACUUCAUGAGUUCAAAACUCAUCUUUGCCUUUCCAUGUUUUUGGUGAACAGGGUCCUGGUUUCAGAUUCCUCAGCUAAAGUACUCAAAGUACUUUACAACCUUUGCCAAGCAUACUUGAGUACUUAUUUUGGAGUACUUGCUGCCAGUUUAAUAGUAUUUCCUUACAGGUUUUGGUACUCACAGGUGUACACUCUGUUACUGUACUGUUAAAAAAUCUGAUGAUAUAAUUUUGAUAUUUUAUAUCGACCAGUAUUGAUUGAUCGAUCUUUUUGUUGUUGAUGAUAAUCUGCUGAUGACAUUCCUUCGAAUCAUUCCAGUCACACGAUGAACUUCAACAGGACCAAACGCGUCAGCCUCCAUCCUUCAGAUCGCUCACUGUGUACAAAUCUUCUAUUGAUAACUUCAUUCCUAAAAAAAAUUACUAAAAUGAAAAAAAAAGCAAAAAAGAGCAAAAUGAUGCAGCAUCUUGUACUGGAAACUACAAAAUUAUUAAAGAAA